UUUAAACUCGAAUCGCUCCGUCUCCGAUCUCGCGAUGAACGUAGACGAUGAAGGUUCGGCGGGGCCAUUGGCUCCACCGACGAGAGCUAAGCAUAUCGGGAAGAGAUCUCUAAAGAACAAAAGCGUAACCGUCUCUUUUGAUGAGAAAGAUCUCAGGGAUUUUGUGACUGGGUUUCACAAGAGGAAGAAGAAAAGGAGAAAGGAAGCUCAGAAGCAGCAAGAGGAGUCUUUGAGACAGAAACGUAUCGAGGCUCGUAAGAAGAGGAAGUUGGAUGAGAUGAUGGUUGCUGGUCUUGGUGAGGAAACUGAAGACUUAGAAGCUGAGAAGAAAGAGGCAGAGCCUGAUGCUUUAACUUCUGGGACGACAAUGUAUGAUACAGGGGAGCUGAAAGUAACUGUGACAACAAGCGAGAUAUCUCGCGAAGAGGAUGAGCCUGUUCGCAGGGAAAAGAGACAAACAACAGAAUCCGAUUCUACGGCCAAAGCUUCCACAUCACAGCCGGCGCCUUUGAGGAAAUCAAAGCCCUCUAAGCAGAAAAGGCACAAGUCAAGCACCAAAACUAUGAAGAAAAGGGAUAAGAAGAAACAAGCAAGAGGGAUCAAGAGUACUCGUUAGUUAUAAGAGGGAUUUUUGUGUUUGUUUCUUUUGAUAAUUCAAUGUUUUUUGGAGCUUCUCAUUAUGAAAAUUCGUGUACCUUUUAGUAACGAGAACAUUUGUCAAUCACAUUAUGUUUACGAAGCACUUGAAAGAACUACGAAGAAAAGAGAAGAAGAAACAAGAAAGAGGAGAAGAAAGAGGAGAGCUAUAGAAAUUUCUGUUGUGUCCUUUGAUAGCGAAGCUUUUUGAAACGUUUGGAUCUUUUGCUGCGGUUGAAACAAUUGGUUAAUGUCGAAACAUGUACUCCAUUUAAUAAUCACAUUUUGUUAAUCAAAUUCGUAAUGUU